AUGUUCCCCAAUUCGUUAAAUACUGAAUCAUUUGAGAGAAAUGUUUGGUUGGAUUUGAGAAUUCAUUUGAUUCCAUAUUUGUAUUUGAUUGUUUUUGAUUCAUAUGAGAGAAUAAGUGCCAAUAAAUCGAUUGGGUAUACCGUCGGGGUCUUAUUGGGAUAUUGGGGAUAUCUUGAAUAUAUCAUGUAUGUACAUGGACAUGAUGGUGUUACUCAAUUCACGUACCCCUUUUUGCAACACAAGACGGUGUUGGAUAGAUUUAUUAGAAUUGUUGGUUUGAUGUUAUUAAGUGUUUUGAAUUACUUUGUAUUAGGCAUAAGAAAUAGUUUAUAG